CUGACUCUUAUCUUAGGCGAGUGUAUUUGCACUCCAAGAUUAGCUUCUGGCGCUUCACUCAAAUAUUUUAUUACAUGAAGGAAGGUGGACACCCAAGGGACUAUUUUUGGGGUGCAAAUAUGGUUUGCCUUGUCUUAUAAUGACUUAAUCUCUAAUUCCCUACAACCUUGCUCUGCAUAGGUUGCCCUGGGUAGUCUAAGCCUGAAAGUAUGUAUUUUUUAUGCUUGGUUUAUUCUGAUACAUAUGGAAACAUUUUUGGUAAGUUUUGGGUUCCCUCUUGCAGUUCGAAGCUAAAUCCGCAUUCUAACGGGAUUUACUGUCAACAAAUCAGGAAAGCAUAUCUGGAAGCAUAUUAACGGCAAACGUUUCCACAAUGUGCUAGGGAGAAAGUGGAAACUGGACACAGUAUAACAAAUGGAGCAAUGGAGAAACAGGAUGAUGGUCAAAAGGCAGAGAAGAAAUCAAAGGUUAAGGAUGAUGGAUUGAAGAAAGAGAAGAAGAAUCGGGAUAAGACUGUUGUUGAAGUUAUGUCUGAAGCAAGAAAUUUUUCUGAGAAGGACAGUGAGCUGGAGGAAGAAGAUGAUUUCUGGAUGCCACCAGUGGAAGAAUGUUGGGACAAUGAUGAUGGAGGUGAUAGGCAGGGCUCUGAUCCAGAGCUGGGGCCAGAAAAUGAUGAUGCUGAGGGGGAAGAUGCAGGAACUGAAGAUGAUAAACAGGAAGCGAUGGAGCUUACUAAAUGGUUUCCCUGACAAGAUGAUCAAAGGAUAAUGACAUUAAAAACUGUAAUUUUGGUGGUUAGGAACCAAUACUUUACGGCAUGAGAAGUGGAGAAGAUGAUUUUCAUGCCAUUGAAUGCUCACCAGUUUUAGGCCCAGAAAGGACUUCUGCUCCUUGCAGCAUGCACAUAUCCUUUGAGAUCACAUCCGAUCCUCCCUUGUGAAUUGGGAUGUUGUUUCAUUUCAUUUUUUCUUUUUGUAACAUCCAGAUAGUAUAAUGUUUUAUUGAAUUUAAUCAU